UCUGAGACCAGAGUCCCUCCCCGCGGCCCGCGCCAGAGGGGUGUGACACAGGUGCCGCGCCCUCCCCGCGGUGGCCGGUCCGGGCCACCACAGGAGCGCGACCCUCGCCACCCGCUUCCCGUGCCCUCUGCUUCUGCCACCGCCGGCUCCCGGCACUUUCGGCGAUGACCAGCCCCAACAGCACGUCGCCUUCCCGCCACCUACCUGACCCUGGGAUGGCCUCCACCGAGACGGACAUCGCUAUCAUUGCAGGUGUGAUCGCCGCUGUGGCCUUCGUCCUAGUCUGCCUCCUCAUCGUCAUGAUGCACUACAUGUACCGGCACAAGGGCACAUACCACACCAACGAGGCCAAGGGCACGGAGUUCGCAGAGAGUGCUGACGCGGCGCUGCAGGACGACCCAUAUCUUCAGGAAGCCAGCGACAGCAGCAGAAAGGAGUACUUUAUUUGAGGGGCCCAGUUCUAGCUCCCCCGACACCUCCUCCAACUCCACAAAAGGAAAUGCACCCCCUACCCCACCCCACCACCUACACUACCAAGCAGACAGCAAGAGCUGUCUUAUCCCACCUUAUACCCACCUUCUCCCAAGAUAUGUAUCUCACCUAGGCGCACAAGGUGCCAGGUGGCAGGAGGAAUGGAGGAGGAAUCAUGCCAGGAGGGGCCUCUCCCAGGGACCUAAGGUGCAGCAGCCACCCAGGAGGUCAGCCUCUGUUCUGACGGCGUAAGUCUGGGUCAGUACUUUACACAGAAAGUACUUUGUCAUGGUCAUGCUAGUACAACCUUGCAGGGUGUAGCAGGGGACCAGGAAGCAAGUACAUGACUCAUCCACAGGCUGACAGGGGCUCAGGGCAUCAAAUGUCAGCCCUUGACAUUUGGGGGGAACAGCAGGUGCCUGAACUAAAAGGCACUACUGUCUUCCAUUGAUCCAGCGCUAAACGAUUGGAAAUAAAUUUGAAAUGUAACCGAGCAUUCAGAGUCAAAUGGCA